AUGGGCGGCGCGGCGCUGCCGGGCGCGCUGUGGCUCGGGCUGCUGUGGGCCGGCAGCGCGGCCGGCGGGACCUGCGCGGGCAGGUGCUGCCAGGGCCGAGAUGCCGCCUGCGUCGGGCAGGGAUGGAGGGAAGGAGGGGACUACGGGAGCUGCUACUGCGACGAAGGAUGUCGGCGAGCCGGAGACUGUUGCCACGACCACGGCCAAGCGUGCCCGGCUCUUCCAUGCAUUGUGGGGGAGUGGAGCCAUUGGAGCGGCUGUGCAGAACAAUGCCAGCCCCAUCUACGGGUACAUAGGCGCUAUGUACAACAGGAACCCAAAAAUGGUGGAGAACCUUGUCCUGCUCUAGAGGAGAAGGCUGGCUGCCUGGAAUAUCUGACCUACCAAGGACAGGACUGCGGCCAUGAACAUGUCCCAGCUUUCAUAACUACCUCUGAAUAUGGUAAAGAAAGAAAACGACGAGCGGUGUCUUCUCUUUGGCCCUCAGACAAAGAAGAAAAUGGAUACUGCGUGGAGUUCAGAACAGAAUCCCUUUCGCAGCAGUGCACUGUGGAGACCCGGCCGCACGCGCGCUGGAUGCAGUACCUACGGGAAGGACACACCGUGUGUGUCGCCUGCCAGCCUCCGGCCAUGAGUGCUGCCACACAGCGUUGCUCUGGGGAUGGACAUAAUGCACAUGGAGAUAAAAUCUUACACUGGGAAGCAGUUGGCAACUCUCAGUGCCAAGGAACCUGGAGGAAGAUCCGACAGCUGGAACACUGUUCGUGUCCCCUUGUGCACAGCUUUAUUUUUACAUAAAAGUUUAAAGGACCUUUAAGACAGCAACAAAAAGAUUAAGAAAAUUUACACCAAUGCCAAGAAACCUAGCUCUCUCUGCUGCAUAUUCUGGAGCCUAAACCUUAAAGGAGUGACAACUCUCGAAGCAGCAUUUCAGGAAACUCUCUCUGCCUUAAUACAAAGUGCUAAGACAGAUUUUUGUAGUAAAACACUAGAAGCAUAUUUUCAUGUUUCUCUUUUGUGAUUAAAGAGCUAAUGUUCCAAUCUGUAGUAGCUGCUUUUCCUAAAAUUCACAUUCUUUACUGGCCACAGUCCUGUCUACAGGCACUGCUCCUACUCAGUGGUAAGCCAGCCAAAUGUUCUCAGAUCUGAGAACAGUUACUCUCAUCAUUAAGUAGCAUGGGUGAAUGAGAGUUUGAGAGCUAAAAAUGUAUCUUAGUUUAGGUCCUCUGUUCCUUCCCAAUACCAUCUAGAC